GUUGGGUAGGUGAACACUUCCUUACUGUAUAAAUAGGCAGACGUACUCACACCAAACUACACAAACAAAAUAUGGAUUUCAUUGUGGCCAUGUUUGUUCUCUUUAUUGUGAGCUCAUCGACAAUUACUUCAAAAAAUGCAGUUGAAGCAGUUGAGACAGUUGAAGUCUCACCUGUUGAGUUCAUUGGUAACCUUAGAAGGAGCAAUUUUUCUAGUGACUUUAUCUUUGGGGCGGGUUCGGCCGCAUACCAAGUUGAAGGUGCAGCAAACCAAGGUGGUAAAGGACCAAGUAUUUGGGAUACAUACGCCAAUGAUCAUGCAGGAAGAAUAAAGGAUGGAAGCAAUGCGGACAUCUCCAUUGACCAAUAUCACCGCUACAAGGAAGAUGUUGCAAUUGCAAAGGAGCAAAAUAUGGAUUCAUAUAGAUUCUCAAUCUCUUGGCCAAGAAUACUCCCAAAGGGAAAGUUGAGUGGAGGCAUAAAUCAAGAAGGGAUCGCAUAUUACAACAACCUCAUCAAUGAACUAUUGGAUAAGGAUAUGGAACCAUUUGUAACUCUUUUCCAUUGGGAUCUUCCCCAAGUCUUACAAGAUGAGUAUGGUGGUUUCUUAAGUUACCAAAUAAUAGAUGAUUUUCAAGACUUUGCGAAUCUUUGCUUCAAGGAAUUUGGAGAUAGAGUGAAAUAUUGGGUUACUUUGAACGAGCCUUGGAUGUUUACCAAUGGUGGAUAUGUACUAGGAACAACAGCACCAGGUCGAUGUUCAGAUCCAACGUGUCUGGGUGGUAAUUCUGGCACAGAACCUUAUAAAGUGACACACCAUCAACUUCUUGCUCAUGCAAAAGUUGUACAUUUAUAUAAGACUAAAUAUCAGGAAAAUCAAAAGGGACUUAUAGGCAUAACGUUGAACACUAACUGGUUCAUACCACUUGGAGACAAUAGCAUACCAGAUAAAAAGGCUGCCGAAAGAGCACUUGACUUCCAAUUUGGAUGGUUUAUGGAACCCUUAACAAAUGGAGAUUAUCCUAAAAGCAUGCGAGCCAUAGUGAAAGAUCGAUUGCCUAAGUUCACUGAAUUGCAAUCAAGAGAAAUCAAUGGUUCAUUUGAUUUUAUUGGUUUAAACUAUUACUCUUCUAGCUAUAUUAGCGAUGCACCUCCAGUAGACAAUGCCAAACCCAGUUUUGCAACAGAUCCUAUGACCACAACAUCAUUUGAAAAAAAUGGGAUACCCCUAGGUCCAAGGGCUGCUUCCUUUUGGAUAUACACUUAUCCAAAGGGACUUCGAGAUCUUUUGUUACACAUCAAGGAUAAAUAUAACAAUCCCUCGGUUUACAUCCAUGAAAAUGGUAUGAAUGAAUUCAACGAUCCAACACUUUCAAUAGAAGAAGCUCUUCUAGAUACUUACAGAAUUGAUUCCUUAUAUCGUCAUUUCUUCUACAUUCAUGCUGCCAUCGAGAGUGGCGCAAAUGUAAAGGGAUAUUUCCAUUGGUCACUUUUUGACUCUUAUGAAUGGUUUAAUGGCUUUACUGUUCGUUUUGGAUUAAACUUUGUAGAUUACACAAAUGGAUUGAAAAGGCACCCUAAACUUUCUGCCCAAUGGCUCAAGAACUUUCUCAAAAAAAACUAGCCUACUUAAUCCUACAUUGUUUGAUCCUAGUGUGGUGCACAUCCUAAAUAAAUGUGUAUUAAUCAUAAUUAACAUCUUUAUAGUCACUAUUCAUUAUGAAGUGAUUGGGUUGUUAUAAUUAUAUUAUACGCAUAUUUGUAAUAAGUGCAUGAUUUCACCAGAAAGCUAUGAUUUCAGUAUUCAUUAUGUAUCAGUUUGAUUUCGAGAACAAUUUGAACUAAAA